CACGCGUGUGUGUUAUGGAUCCAUCCCUCAGUUUUGAUCCUGUGGCUCAGUCCACGCUCAGUCUGCAGUCGUUUGAGGGGAAAUUCGAUGUCAAAGACUUUGUGGGAGCGUUUUCCGAGAAGCUCAUUGCACAAUCCAAGGCUGACUCUGGUCCAUUCGACCCUAAACCCUUCAUCCGUACAUUCGAGGCCGCAGUCGAUCGUCUCAUCUCCGUGCGCAAGGAUGUACAGGCCAAAACUGAGCAGAUGGAGAAGGGCGUCAGGGUGGCUGAGAGGGAAUAUUCAAAGAAAAUGGCAGAUCUGAACAGAGGAUUUGAGGCAGUAGGAACGUCUUUCUCUUCCAUGGAGACCAAGAUGAGCGAAAUUGGUCGAACUGUCAUUCGCAUAGGUGAACAGCUGGAGUCUGUUCAUCUACAGCGUCAGCGGGCACAAGCUGCCUACGACCUCAUUGACUACUACAAUCACUUUCUCCGUGAUGACACGUCAAAACUAGACACCUUGAAGAAGGAAGGCAGAGAAGGCCGUCGACAGGUUGCUGUACUUCUGCGGCGUCUGAGCACAGUCGCGAAAGAAGUUGACUUACCCAGUGCAGAGAAGACACGAGAAAAUAUUGACAAGUACUGUGAAAAGUUUGAGAAGGACAUGUUGUAUCUAUUUGAUAGGUGUUACCGGAAGGGUGACCCUAAGAUGAUGCAUCAUUGCGCUCAAACCUUGCUUGACUUCAACGGAGGUGCCUCGUGUGUUCAAGUCUAUGUUAAUCAGCACGACUUUUUUAUCAAUCAAGUGCACGAAGACACGCAGAGCGAGGAUACGACAAUGUGGCAAGCUCUCCCGGACCCGAACACAUCGCCUCCAAGAAACGAGACAAGCUUGAACGAUCUCCUAGCAGAAAUUCGUGCGACAGUUGGCCAAGAGGCACAGAUCGUACAAGCCGUUUUUCCAAAUCCACCUUUUGUCAUGCAAGUGUUCCUGCAGCGUGUAUUUGCGCAAUCUAUCCAGCAACACAUGGAACAACUGCUGGUUCGGGCGGGCAACGUUUCCGACUUAGCUUUCCUCCGGGUUCUUCAGCUUGUGCACAUCCAAACAUCCCUCCUCGUUGAAGACCUCAAGCAAUAUGAAUCCCCCUCGCUCAUGUCUCGUUCAUCACUCAAUUCUUCUGAGCUCUCAAGAUCGUUAAGCGGAUCCGUUGCAUCUGGAACCUCUGUGACGACGUCCAUCAGUGCGAUGUUAGAAACCGCUAUGGAAGAAUUGUUUGUCCCCUAUACUGAAGGUCAGCGAUACCUUGAACGAGAAAGCAAAUGUUUGGGAGAACUAUACUCUAAUUUUCUCAUGGUGUUCACCCGAUUUCAUGAAAGAGUUAACAAAGUGAAAUCGUCCAUGUUUGACAGGAUGAUGGGCCAACUGAAUUCAACGAGUACCUCUGGAACGUCCUCAGCUGCUGCUGCUGCCUUGAUGCGGUUUGGAGGCUACUCAGCUGAGAAGAAAGAGGACAAAGUUACCGAGGAACCUCUACGAGAAGAGGACGGAAUGCUGAGUGUGGAUGUCGCAGAGACAAUGUUGAAGUGGCACGCGGAAGCCAUCGGCCGAUGUGUGGAGCUCAGCCCAUCGAGCGAUGUUCCCAAGCAUACAUUCGCGCUGUUCCGUGCGCUUGCAGAGGCCAUAGCCAAUGGAUACAUGGAAACGGGGCUCGAAACUGCUCAAUCACGUCUUGAAGCCGUUGAUCACACGAAAACAGAGCCGUCCUUCCAAGCCCUGUCCGUUCUCAGCACUGUUGACCUCAUCUGUCAUCUUUGGCAACAAUAUGUCAACAUCGCCUUGCUCCCACUAGCGACAAGCUCAGUCACCAUUCGGCGUGAGAUGGUCGUCUUUAAUAAUCAAACAGUCAGCAAGAUCGAGGGCACUGCGAACGCACUUAUGCAGCGUCUCACGGAUGCGGUCCUCUCGUGGAUGUCAAGUCAGCUUGCAAAGCAGAAGAAGACAGACUUCAAACCGAGGAAUGAUGACUUGUCCUUUGCCCGCGUCAACACGGAGCCCUGUAUCGCCUGCUGUGAAAUUCUGGAAAAAGGGCGAGAUGCAGCGAAGGCAAACCUGAGUGGAAAGAAUUUGGAAGUGUUUCUUACAGAAAUCGGUGUCGCCUUCCAUGGGCUUCUUCUCGAUCACCUGAGAAAGUUCCCCGUCAGCGCUACCGGCGGUCUGAUGCUGGCAAAAGAUUUGAAAUCUUAUCAAGACACCAUUGCCACCUUCGCUAUCCCCGCUCUCCAUGAGCGCUUCGAGUUCAUCCGUCAACUCGGCAAUAUAUUCCUCGUUCGGCCCGAGAUAUUAAAAUCGUAUAUCACGGAGAACUACCUUGGACGCAUCGAUUCGACGCUGCUGCGGCCUUACCUCGCGCAGCGAAGCGACUGGGGUCAAGCGGAAAAGGGCUUCAACGACGGCGACGCAGGUGCCGACGAGACUGGUGCGGAGACGAAGGGUCUGCGAGAUCGUUUUGGGAUGGGGCGGUUGAGCAUGAUGAUGAAAGAUUUAGAAGGGUUGAAAAUUGGCGAGGGUAUCCAGGGCAUGAAUAUGCCGGCACUGCCCAGCGGGUUUGCAGGUAGCUUUUCGAUCUCGUCAAGAGCGUUUGGUGGUGGUAACGGGCGUGGAGAUGCUGGUAACGGGCGUGGGGAUGCUUCGGCGAUGUAGGCUCCGCUCGCGCCAUCCAGCAGCUUUGAAAUACGGACAUACAUGGGCGGAUCUCGGUUUUGUUUUCUCUUAUUGCUCGCUUUCUCGCUACGUUCGCUGCUCGCUCACUGUUGUAAUCAUCGUGGAAGUAUCUAUUCUCCUUUAAAAAUC